AUGCCUGAUGACUAUUGGGAGCGCUUGCCCAGUACGACUAAUGCAGAAGAGGCUCAGCAUAAGAAGAUUUACAAAGCAUUGGGCAAAUCUGGUCACACCCUCCUGGAGGGUCUCAAGAGUUUGUGCGGAUUCUUCGAGCAUUACAAGAUGCUCUACAAUUGCUCACUUCAGGGCGCUCCAAUUCGUUAUGGCAAGGCCGAGGAAUAG